ACCACCAUAAAUGUCCUCUUCCCUCGUCUCUUUUUCAUAUCAGAUCUGAAAUUUGGUCUUUGAUUAGGGUUUCAACUUUCACAGAGAUGGAGACGCUGCCGCAAUUAUACGAUCGAAGGAAGAUGUUAGCUUCGUCGAAAUCGAUUGGUCGUUGUACAAUAUCAUGUAUCUCCGUUUCGCUUACCCAGUUUGCUCUCGUUUUGGUUCCUCUCUUCUUCUCCUCUUCUCCUCUUUUCAUUCAACUUACACUCUCGGCUUUAAUUUUGCUUAUAGUUCUGGGAUCUGGAGGGUGGUGUAGACGGGUCCUUGGAUUCCGUGCAUCUGCUCCAGCUUUUGUCUUCUUCAGUGUAUUUUUUGUUUGGGGUGUUUAUCUUACUAUUGUUCGAAAAGCGAUUUCAAAUGUUAUGGACGUUGUGUUCAAUGGAGAGAUGAUUAUGCUCAUCAUUGGUUUAUGUAGGAUCAUGCGAAAGGAUCCUGGUUUUGUGGCACACGAGCCCUUCUGUUUGGAUGAACUUGAUGAAAAUUCUGUUUUUGGUGUUCAAACCCGCGAUGAGAGUUCUCUUUUGCAAAUGAGAGUAAGAUACUGUAAGAGCUGCAAGACAUGCAUACAGGGUUUUGACCACCACUGCCCUGCUUUUGGAAACUGUAUUGGCCAGAAAAAUUAUGUAAUCUUUAUUGUUCUUCUUGUUGGAUUUAUCACUACUGAAAUUUCCUAUGUAUUCUGCUCCUCCCAGUUUACCUCAAAAUUUCAAGUUUUGAAAGAAAUGAGAAUGGAGACUGGUUCCAUUUUGGUAAUGGCAAGAAGCACAUUGCUUUUUGUGUUCUACAAGUGCUGUGGCAGGGGAUAUUUCUGAUAUGGCAUGUCUAUUGCAUAUGUUUCAAUAUCAGAACCGAAGAGUGGGUAAACUGGAAGAAGUAUCCAGAGUUCCAACUUAAUGCUUCAUCUUUACCAGGAGAGAACUGUCAUGGGAUGAGGUUUAAAAAUCCAUAUAAUAAAGGAAUCGUACGAAAUGUCAAGGAGUUCUUAACAUUGAAAUGAUGGAAGUCUUACUGCCCAUCUUGCUCCUGUUGCAUUCCCUGGUUGUUUUGCCGCUCUCAUGCUUAGCUGCUCGGUAACAAAUUUUACUUCUCAAACACGGUGCAACUACAAAGUUUUGAUUUUUGGCUUCUCAGGACAUGCCUCUAGAAGGUCAAUUACAGUGUGCGGCAUACUUGGUGCAUGUCAGGGACUGGAGAAUUACAUGUGCGGGAUACAGAUCCAACUGAAGGAACUUUUGUUAUGUCCUUGGCUUCCCUUUUGAUCACAUAAAAUGAUAUGGAAAUUGAAGCAUUGAUUGAAGUUCCAAUGCCACUAUGAGAGAUCAAGAAAACACAAGAUGCUUCAACUUUUUGUUCCUUUUUUUGAGUAAAAUGUUAUAACUUCUAUAUUAGAUUAUGAAGAUGAAAGAUUUGAUAU